UGUUUUAUGUAAGCAGUAACCUCAGAAUAUAUGGUGUUGGCGAAUGAGACAUAAACUGUAAGUACGACGUACUCCCUAUUUAAAUAGUCUUGUGUCUCUAAAGCAUUGUAAAAUGGAUUUAGCAUUACCUGGGUCUUCUUCAAUGGAUAUGGAAAUCGAUAUCAAUCCUGAGAAAGAUUUAACUAGCAAAUUUCUAAAUGGUGAAAUGUCAUUUGCCGAAUAUUCAAGCGAGUGGUAUGAUGUUGAGGAUGAAGAGGAUAAUGAUGAUACAAGUAAACCAAGCGACGAGGAUCGUUUAUCGCCUUCUGCUCAUUUUAUGGAAAAGGGUACACUUCGGCGUCGUAAGUGCACACGACUAUCACCAGCUCUGAUGGGUUUGAUGGGUGAAGCCAAUUUAAGAUUUGUAAGAGGUGACAAGGAAAUGGCAGAGAAAAUGUGUCAUGAAAUUAUUAAACAAGUGCCUACGGCUCCAGAACCAUAUCAAACACUUGCACAAAUAUAUGAGCAUGAUGCUGAAAAAUCACUUCAGUUUUCAUUGUUAGCUGCACAUCUCCGUCCAUCAGAUGCUAAUGAGUGGUUGAGACUGGCAAACAUUUCCAAUCAAAAAAAUGACACCAGGCAAGAAAUGCUGUGCUACACUCAAGCAGUCAGAGCUGAUCCUCAUAAUUUAGACAUUCAUUUGAAAAGGCUUGAAGUUUUAUCUAUUUUGGAAGAUAUGAAGUACCCUGUGCAUACCAUGAAUGUCAGCCGUGUCAAAUGCUAUCACAAAAUAGUGACAUCUCUGCCUGCAAGUGAAGGAGAAGUGAUCAUGAAGUAUGCUAAAAUGGCUGCAACUUUGUACCACAAUAGCAAUGAGGUUGAGAGAUCUCUUGAAGUUAUGGGUGCUGCAUACAAAAAAUGCUCCUCUCUCUUUACCCACGAAGAUUUGAAUAUACUUUUGGAGCUGCUAAUAUCACGAAAACAAUAUCAAACAUGCUUAGAUAUAUUUGUAGCUAAUGUUGGUGUGGAGAUUGAAGCUGAAAUACAAACUGUAAAAAAUUCUGAUAAUGGUGCAAUUGAAGAACACACAAAUUACUUGAACUGUUCUAUUCCAGAAAACUUGCAUAUUGAUUUGAAAAGCAAAUUACUAGUUUGUUUCAUACAUUUAGGGUCUAUUAAUUUAGUUCAAACCCUUUUACAAGAUUUUUUAUCUAAUGAUGUGGAAAAGGCUGGUGAUUUAUACAUGGAUAUAGAGGAAGCUCUAUCUUCUGCUGGCUACCAUGAGUUAGCUAUGAAACUAUUGGAUCCUUUAGUUAAAAAUAAUAGUUUCGAUCUUGGCGCUGUUUGGCUUAAACAUGCUGAAUGUCUUCAUAACUUAGGAAGAGAGGAUGAUGCCAUUGAAUCAUAUUAUAAAGUUCUAAAGCAUGUUCCUCAGCAUCCAGAUGCCCGUCGAAAAUUAUUUACCAUUUUAGAGAAAAAGGGAAAAAUUGAUGAAGCACUGAAUAUUUUGCAACAAGAUUACAGAUACAUUGUCAGUGCUAGCUUGCUUUAUGAACAAUGUUUGGCAUUAAAAAAGUAUAACCGCUUACUUAAAUACUUAGAAAAUACAAAUUUGUAUCCGAUUUUGAGGUUGUUAUUGCCUAAAUAUGAAAGAGAAAGAAGUCCAUAUAAUAUGAAAGAGACUAAACUUGCCCAAUUACUCGUCAGAGUGUUGUCUCUAAGCAAGCAGUCGCCAGCCGCUAAAAGAUUAAUUAACUUUAGAUCAGUAAGUAAUACUCAGGAUAGCGAUUUUGCUGGUGUGGCAUAUUACGCUCUAAAAGGAAUUCUUGGUAAAAACAAAGGCGAUCUUACUGUGGAGGAUAUCAACACAAUACUGGAUAAAAUUGCCACAGCUGAAGUUGGAAACAAAGCACGGGUUCUAAAUGAAGCAUUUGGAUAUGCUAUUAGGCAUUUAACACCUGAACAGUUAAAAUGGUUUUUGAGACUUAUCCUCAAGGAUUUGAAACUUGGUAUUGAAACGAAACGUAUUUUGGCUGCCUUUCACCCGGAUGCUCCUGAAUAUUUUGAGACUUGCAAUAGCAUUUCUAAGGUGUGCGAAGAAUUAGAAGAUGGAGACAUACGUCCUUUAGAAAUGGGUGUUAAAAUGUUUUAUGCGAUUAGUCCUAUGCUCUCCGAAAGAUUGGACGUCACGGAGAUCCAUCGACAACUCUUUUUUGAUAGCACAACUUAUAUUGUGGAAAAUAAGUUUGACGGGGAAAGAUUUCAGAUUCAUAUGGAAAACGGGAUAUUUGAGUAUUUUUCAAGAAAAGGCCACAAGUAUUCUGAUAACUACGGUAAGACAUACGAGUCUGGCCUACUGACACCAUUCCUCAAGGACUGUUUUAACCCGGAGGUGGAGAGUUUCAUUAUUGAUGGGGAGAUGAUGGGAUGGCACAAAGCGAAUCAUUAUUAUAGUUCUAAGGGUAUAUCAUUUGAUGUCAAAAAGAUAACAGUCAGAUCAGUGUUCCGGCCUUGUUUUUGUGCUUUUGACGUCUUAUAUUACAAUGGCAAAGCGUUAGUGGGAUCCGCAGAAAGAGGAGGAGUACCACUCAAGGAAAGACUGGAGAUCCUAGACUCCAUGUUCACCGAUGUAACGGGAGUUAUCCAGCACAGCCGGAGAGAAACUGUCAAAGAUAGCACCGAUGUAUUGAACAAGCUAAAUGAAGCUAUAGAGAAUCAAGAUGAAGGGAUCGUGGUGAAAGAUGUGGAAUCAUACUACCUGCCUAGUCGACGAAACGCUGGGUGGUACAAAGUGAAACCGGAGUAUACUGAAGGAACUAUGGACGAUCUCGACCUCGUAAUAAUUGGAGCUGACGAAGCUGAAAAUAAGAAACAAGGUCGAGCCAAGAGCUUCCAUGUUGCUUGCCUCGACGUCACAGGAGGAGCCGAUGCCCCGCGCUGGGUGUCGGUGGGCCGCGUGGCCACCGGGCUGUCGUUCGACGAGCGCGAGCGGCUGUGCGUGGCGUUGGAGCGGCGCUGGGUGCCGGCCGCCGACGCGCCGCCGCCGCCCGAGCUCGACUUCAACAAGGAGAAGCCAGACUUCUGGGUGAUGCCGGAACAUUCCACAGUAUUACAGGUUCGCGCCACCGAAUUGAUCCAAAGCGUGGGCUUCGGCACCGACUACACGCUGCGCUUCCCGCGCGUCGUCAAGAUCCGCGACGACAAGCCCGUCCGUGACGUCAUGACCCUCGAAGAGUUUAAUGCACUCGUCUCGAACAAAGGACCAGUUGUGAAGCUGAGCUCAACUCAAGUGCGGAAGGAAUCGAUGGGCGAAGGAAGAAGCCUCAGAAAGCGCGUCGCUAAAACAGUGAAGGUGGCGGACCAGUUCGUUACCACGCCUUCGAGCUCAGUGGAGGUGGUCUCCAAGGCCCUGCUUGGCAGGAAAGUGUGCAUCCUGUCGGACGACGACGACUGCAAGAAACUAGAACUGAGGAAUAUUGUAGAAUCGCACGGCGGGACUUUCGUUUCAAAUAUAGGUCCAGACACCUGGUGCGCAGUGGUCGGCCGGAUCACAAGAAGGGAGAACGAAAUAAUCAAAUCCCAAGAAGUGGACGUUACCACCACGGCCUGGCUGCGAUCUCUACCGCGCUCGGACUCGCCGUGCAUUCUGCCACCGCUUGAAACGCUCGCGAUGAAGAAAGCGACCAGACUUGCUAUGAGCAAUGAUUAUGAUUGCUUCGGCGACAGCUACACCGAGCCGAUAGAUGAGGCUACUUUGCGGAAAUGCUUUGAGAAGAUGGAUAGAAAUGAGCCGCAAAUCUACCUGACCAAGCGCGAGAUGCUGAGCCUGGACCGCGAGUUGUUCGGCGCUACCAACCCGCACUCGUUCCUGCGCGCCUGCUCGCUGCACGUGGCGUGCCGCAGCGGCGCGCGCGCCUCCCAAGCCGCCAUGCGUGGCGCCGCGCGCGCCGACGUGCUAUCGCCCGCGCUUACACACGUAGUAUUACCCGCUGACGCGCCGCGUGCUGAGGUAGCGAGACUAAAACGCAAGCUUACAGCCACGAUUGUGUCUGAGAACUGGCUGGAAGCCUGCUUCGCGGCAAAAGCACUCGUGCCCGAGGAUGAGUUUAUACUGUAAUUCGAUAAUCUUUCAUAUUCAUUUAUUCCAUAAAUCUUUUAAAGCGUAUAUCCAUAGUUUUAUACUAGUCAAAAGUAAAAGACUCGUGCUCUCGCCCGCGCUCACGCACGUAGUACUGCCGGCUGACGCGCCGCGUGCUGAGGUGGCGAGACUAAAACGCAAGCUCACUGCCACGAUUGUGUCUGAGAACUGGCUGGAAGCCUGCUUUUGCGGCUAAGGCGCUUGUGCCUGAAGAUGAGUUUGUGCUGUAAUUCGAUAAUCUUUUAUAGAUAUUUAUAUUUAUUUGUUCCAAAAAUAUGUUGAUUAAGCGUAUAUCCAUAGUUUUAUACUAGUCAAGACUCUUGCUUUGACUCAAGAGGCUAAAAGACUCGUGCUCUCGCCCGCGCUCACGCACGUAGUAUUACCCGCUGAUGCACCGCGCGCUGAGGUGGCGAGACUAAAGCGCAAGCUCACAGCGACCAUUGUGUCCGAGAACUGGCUGGAAGCCUGCUUCGCGGCUAAGGCCCUUGUGCCUGAGGAUGAGUUUGUGCUGUAAUUCGAUAAUAUUUUAUACAUAUUUAUAUUCAUUUAUUCCAAAAAUAUUUUGAUUAAGCGUAUAUCCAUAGUUUUAUACUAGUCAAGAUGACUAAAAGACGCGUGUUCGCGGUUGAGUCACGAUGAGUUUGUGCUGUAAUUCGAUAAUCUUUCAUAUUCAUAUUCAUUUAUUCCAUAACUCUUUUGAUUAAGCAUAUAUCCAUAGUUUUAUAUUAGUCGAGAAACUAAUAAAGACGCGUGUUCGCGGUUGUGCUGACGACGCACCGCGCGCGAAAGACUCAGACGCACACUCACAGCCUUCAUUGUAUCGGAAAACUGGCUCGAGUGUUUCGCGGCUAAACUUAAGCCGCUAAAGGUUCGGCCAAACCAAAGCGUGCAGCCUAUAUACGAAUAUGUCACGACGUCGUGUAUGAAUUUGUAGCGAUGAGUUCACAUCAACGCGUCCUGUCAUCGCGACGAUCUACGCACGCGCAGUGAUCGCCAUCGCCGACGCGAGCUGCACGCGUUGGUUCGGCCGAAGCUUAAACCGCUUGUGUCCGAGGAGGAAUGUGUACUGUAAUUCGAUAAACUUUUGAUUAAUUAAGCGUAUAUCCAUAGUUUUAUACUAGUCAUACUUAUUAUUCAUCCAUCUAUUGAUUAAGUUUAUACGAGCUGGCCGGUAAGCGUCGCUCUGAAACUACUUCAAUGAAGUAGUUGAUCUGUAAGCGUCGACGAUCAAACCAGAAUGUUUUGUACUUUAAAUUUCAAUGUGAGAUCUGACCAGUAUUAAUAUUAUAAUUGUAACCGAUUUCGCGAAUAUCCCACGAGACUUAGUGCCCCGCGUGCAAUCUCAGUGGGUCCCUCGUCUGCAAAGACUGGUUCUUAAUCUGUUCCACAUCUUGAAACCUGACUUCUUUGUAGUUGAGUGUACGAUGCCAUUAUUAUUACCUACUCUCUAGGCAACAGUUUGUAUCUAAUUACUUUUUGAUAACUUACUUAACAUUCCUACAAUCUACAUAGUUAUAAUAACAUUACUGUAACAAUUUACUAUUCCAUGUACCAGCAUGUAUCGUAUUUAUCAAAAGUAUUCAAUUAAAACAUAAUUAAAAAUA